GCGAGCUUUCAGAGGGGUCAACCCCCUCCCUUGUGUACUCGGGAGCCGCCUGUUCCCUGGGCGACAGUCAACACAGACAGGACUGCAAAACACAGUUGGGUCCCAGCCUGGAGAGUUCUGUCCUCUGCAGUCACUCUGAGCUCGGGAUCCGGUGGGGGGGACCUUGUGGAGGCUUUUCUGGGUUAAGAAAAGAAUCUCUGUCUCUUUUCUCUCUUUUUUCUCCCUCUCCCGCUUUCUCCAGUCUCCUAUGGGCAGCCAACACACUGGACUCCAAAGAACCACAUCAUCCGGGUACCGACCGCCCCCUACCCGGCCUCUUGCCUCAGUUUCCAGGACCCUGGAUGGCCGUGCAGCAAGCAGGGGUCUUGCUGGUGGCUGCCAGGGUACCGCAGCCCAGGGUGUACAGCAGGACCAGCUGUGGAGGGAGCUUGUGGAAGCCGAAGUUCGAGGCCAGCAGCGUUGGGCUGAGAAUUGGGGUUUUCUGAAAGACUACGACCCUUUGGGAAAUAAGAAGGAGCCUGAGAAGCUCCCUGAAGAUGUGCCCUUCUUCUCAGACACACUCGCCAACUCCACGAGCCGGGAGGUGGGCAGUAGGGUGGACACAGCCCUGGGGAGAGCCCUCACCCACAUGGAUUUCUUCUUCAUGGAAGGCACGCGGAAGAAGAAGCUGGAGGAUGAGCUGCAGCCGGUGUAGGGAUCUUAGGACGGACCCCAGCAGGAGGCAGGACGAGCUGGUAGCACACUACCAGCUGACCCGAAGACUGCUGUUGGCGCCGCCAAUUUGUAGGUGGAGGCCACUUGUUCAUUCCCAGCUGCCCAGACCACAAAAUAAUCACAAAGAAACUAUUAAUUAAAUCACUGCUUGGCCAAUCACUUAAGUGUAUUUCUGGCUAACUCUGUCCUAAACUAACCCGUCUCCAUUAAUCUGUGCAUCACCAUGGCGUUGCGGCCUACCGGCAAAGUUCUAGCACGUCUGUCUCUGGUGGAGGCUACAUGGCUUCCCCCUGACUCUGCCUUCUUUCCUCCUCUAUCUGCUUGGAGUUCCUGCCUUGCUCUAUUCUGCUAAGCCACUGGCCAG